CGAUUUUAAUACGCUUUUGCAUUGAAUAACAAAAAAACAGAGGACGCAAUGACUAGAUUUACGGUAUUGCCACUCUCUGUUCUUCUCGUUCUCUUGUUCCUCUGUACUCAGUCGUCCGCUAAGUCGGAAGAGUCUGACGAAGACGACGUCGCUGUGCCGUCAUGUUGCGGGUUUUCGUCGCCUCUACUCGUUAAAAAAGAUCAAUGGAAACCAAUCUUUACAUCGAAGUUCGGACAGAUCUCAACCGUCCAAAUCGGAGAUGGAUGCGGUGGAAUGGGACCUUACAAAAUACAUUCCAUAACUUUGGAGCCAAACAUGCUUUUGCUCCCGCUUCUUCUUCAUUCUGAUAUGGUCUUCUUCGUUGACUCUGGGAGUGGGAUACUGAAUUGGGUGGAGGAGGAAGCGACGAGUUCCGAGAUAAGACGAGGGGAUGUUUACAGGCUACGUCCCGGUUCGGUUUUCUAUUUACAGAGCAAACCGGUUGAUGUCUUCCUUGGAACCAAACUUAGGCUUUACGCCAUCUUCUCCAACAACGAGGAGUGUUUACAUGAUCCUUGUUUCGGUGCGUAUUCGAGUAUCACAGAACUCUUGUUUGGUUUUGAUGAGACAAUUCUCCAGUCAGCUUUUGGGGUUCCUGAGGAGAUUAUAAGGCUGAUGAGGAACCGGACGAAGCCACCAUUGAUCGUGAGUGAUAUGCCGUGCUCACCACCAUGUGUGCCCAACACAUGGCAGCUGCAGCCACGAUUCCUCAAACUCUUUGCUGGAAGCGUAGACUCAGUAGAAAACAAGAAGAAGAAAGAGAAGAAAGAGAAGAAAGAGAAGAAAGCAAAAACAUUCAAUGUUUUUGAAUCCGAACCAGAUUUCGAGAGCCCCAAUGGUCGUACUAUAACAAUUAACAGAAAGGAUUUGAAAGUUUUGAAAGGAUCAAUGGUUGGAGUUACCAUGGUGAAUCUAACUCAAGCAUCAAUGAUGGGACCGCACUGGAAUCCAUGGGCUUGCGAGAUUUCAAUUGUGUUGAAAGGAGCAGGAAUGGUUAGGGUGCUUAGGUCUUCGAUUUCAAGGAGCUCAUCAUCAUAUGAUGAUCAGUGUAAGAACGUGAGGUUUAAGGUAGAGGAAGGAGAUGUUUUUGCAGUUCCAAGGUUGCAUCCAAUGGCUCAAAUGUCUUUCAACAAUGACUCGUUAGUGUUCAUUGGGUUUACAACUUCAGCUAAGAAUAACAAGCCACAGUUCCUAGCCGGGAAGAGCUCGGCUUUGCGGAUGCUUGACCGGCAAGUAUUGGCUGCUUCGUUUAAUGUGAGUAGUGUGACGAUUGAUGGAUUGUUUGAAGCUCAGAAGGAAGCGGUUGUGUUGGAGUGUCCUUCUUGUGCAGAAGGAGAAGUGGAGAAGCUUAAGGUGGAGAUGGAGAAGAAGAAGAUGGAUGAUGAGAGGAAGAGAAGACGUGACGAGAGGAAGAAAGAAGAAGAAGAGGCGAGGAAGGAAGAAGAAGAGAGGAGGAAACGAGAAGAAGAAGAAGAAGAAGAAGAAGAAGAAGAAGAGAAGAAGCGGUGGCCACCUCAGCCUCAGCCUCAGCAACCACCACAACAAUCGCAAGAAGAACCUCAAGUACCGAUGGAGAAAGAAUGGGGAAUGGCAGGUGAAGAGGAGAUGUAAGCUGGAGGAGUAAAAGAGAACGCCGAGGCCCGAGAGAAAGGUUUUAUAAGCCAAAGAGUGUUUUGGUUUGUUGUUAAUGGUUAUAACUUUGGUUCGGACGUCNUUUUUUUUUUUUUUUUUUUUUUUCUUUUUCUCCUCUUCUCCUGUUUAUGUGUGAAUCUCUUGUAUUGUUUUUGUUGUUGCUAUGUCUAAAGGUUGUAUAUUGUAUUAUGUUUUGUUUAAAUGUUUGUAGAUGGGGAAUGAGAAAUACUUAAAAGAUUUCCGAGACAUUUGUUGA